AAAAGACGUAACGCUAUAUUCAAAACGAAAGUAAAAUGUUUGUAGGGAUCCAUUUUGCGUCGACAGAAAGAGCGUAAAUGCAGUCUUUUAAGUCUGGCUGAGCUGGGACUCUCCUGGUGCUGCCCUCGAGGAGAACUACUGCCUCUAAAUGAGUCUGUCUGGGGAGAUAGAGGAAGGGGGCCCUGCCUCUAAAAUUAGUCUCUCUGGGGAGACUGAAGACACAGUCAAAAGGAUCAAGCAUCAGAGACCAGCCUCACCUGUACCCAGCUGUGUGUCCAUGAAGAGUGACAGGUCUAUGGAACCCCCAUUCAACUUCAGAGAAGGAGAUCUUACCACUGAGUCAGGGAUCAAGCAUCAGAGACCAGCCUCACCUGUACCCAGCUGUGUGUCCAUGAAGAGUGACAGGUCUAUGGAACCCCCAUUCAACCUCAGAGAAGGAGAUCUUACCACUGAGUCAGGGAUCAAGCAUCAGAGACCAGCCUCACCUGUACCCAGCUGUGUGUCCAUGAAGAGUGACAGGUCUAUGGAACCCCCAUUCAACUUCAGAGAAGGAGAUCUUACCACUGAGUCAGGGAUCAAGCAUCAGAGACCAGCCUCACCUGUACCCAGCUGUGUGUCCAUGAAGAGUGACAGGUCUAUGGAACCCCCAUUCAACUUCAGAGAAGGAGAUCUUACCACUGAGUCAGGGAUCAAGCAUCAGAGACCAGCCUCACCUGUACCCAGCUGUGUAUCCAUGAAGAGUGACAGGUCUAUGGAACCCCCAUUCAACCUCAGAGAAGGAGAUCUUACCACUGAGUCAGGUAAGAGGAGCAGAGCUGUCCUGGCAGAGGACCAGUCCAGGUGUGCGCUGUGUGAGCAGGUGCUGAGGGAUCCAGUCUCCGCCCCCUGUGGACACAGGGUCUGCAGAGCCUGCAUCUCUUCACCCUGGCAGCAGCCUGGUCCAUCAGCAGACCACACCUGCCCCCAGUGUGGAAAGAGACCCAGAACACAACCUGGACUGCUGCCACCUGGACAACAGGACAUUCAGAGAAACACUGACACCGUUGUGAGUGGACUCCAAAGAAUGUUAGGGACUCAUAAAGCCACUAUGAAGAGGAGAUUUGAACAUGUGAUUGUAGGCAUCAUGACAUCAGAGAAUGCCAUCCUCCUCACCAGUAUCUACACUGAGCUGUACAUCACAGAGGGAGACAGUGAAGGGGUUAAUAAUGAACAUGAAGUCUGGCAGCUUGAGACGGCAUCCAGGAUACGAAUCACACACGACACACCCAUCAACUGCAAUGACAUCUUCCAGCUCCUACCUGGCCAAGAGAGACUCGUCAGGACUGUGCUGACGAAGGGCAUCGCUGGCAUCGGAAAAACCGUCUCUGUGCAGAAGUUCCUCCUAGACUGGGCUGAAGGGAAGGCAAAUCAUGAGGUGGAUGUGAUGUUUGUGCUUCCUUUCCGGGAGCUGAAUCUGAUCAAAGAUGUCCGGUACAGUCUCCUUCAACUGCUGAGAGAUUUCCACCCAGAACUUCACAUGGAGGAUGGAGAGAUCCUCGCUGUCUCUAAAGUUAUGUUCAUCUUUGAUGGUCUGGAUGAGAGCCGACUCCCUCUAGACUUCAGAAGAAACCAGAGCUGGUGUGAUGUCACAGAGUCCACCUCAGUGGAUGUGCUGCUGACCAACCUGAUCAAAGGAAACCUGCUUCCCUCUGCUCUCAUCUGGAUAACCACUCGACCUGCAGCAGCCAAUCAGAUCCCUUCUGAGUGUGUUGACCUGGUGACAGAGGUACGAGGGUUCAAUGACGCUCAGAAGGAGGAGUACAUCAUGAAGAGAUGCAGUGAUGAGAUCCUGGCCAGGAGAAUCAUCUCACACAUCAAGACAUCAAGGACCCUGUACAUCAUGUGCCACAUUCCAGUCUUCUCGAGCAUGUGUGUGACAGUCCUGGAGCACAUGUUGAGAGCAGAUAGCACAGGAGAGAUGCCCCAGACCCUGACUGAGAUGUACACACACUUCCUGCUCAUUCAGACCAAGAUGAAGAACCAGAAGUAUCAAGAAGGAAACGGGACAGAUGAAGAGGAGCUCUUGAGGUCCGACCAGGAAGUUCUCCUGAAGCUGGGGAAGCUGGCGUUAAAACAUCUGGAGAAAGGCAACCUGCUGUUCUACCAGGAAGACCUGGAAGAGUGCGGCCUCCAUGUCCAAGAGGCAUCGGUGUACUCUGGAGUGUGCACGGCCAUCUUCAAAGAAGAGUCUGUGCUUUUUCAGAGGGUGGUGUACUGCUUUGUGCACCUGAGCAUUCAGGAGUUUCUCUCGGCAGUCUACACGUUACAUUGUUGCGCAACCAACAACAUGGAAGCACUGAGGCUGUUCCUACUAUGGGAUUUUGAACCUGUACCUGAGAAUCUAUCUUUGGAAGACUUGCUGGAGGGGGCAGUAGGCAACGCUCUGAGGAGUAAGAAUGGACACCUGGACCUCUUUGUCCGCUUCCUCCACGGCCUCUCACUGGAGUCCAAUCAAAAGCUGUUAGGAGGCCUGCUGACUCAGACCCAGAGGAGUCCAGAGAGCCUGCAGAAGACAGUCAGAUGCCUCAAGGAGAUGUGGAGGGAUAACAUCUCCCCAGAGAGGUACAUCAAUGUCUUCCACUGCUUGAUGGAGAUGAAAGACUAUUCAGUACAGCAGGAUAUCCAAGCAUACUUGAAGGAGAAGAAAUCAUCCACGGCCCUGUCUGUAACCCACUGCUCAGCACUGGCCUACAUGCUGCAGAUGUCAGAGGAGGUUCUGGAUGAGAUUGACCUGCAGAAAUACAACACAUCCAAGGAGGGGCACAGGAGACUGCUCCCAGCCAUGAAGAUCUGCAGAAAAGCUGUACUCUCUGGAUGUAAACUCACUGAUGCAUCAUGGGAAGUGGUGUCCUCAGCCCUCACCUCUAACCCCUCCCAUCUGAGAGAGCUGGACCUGAGGGACACUGUCCUGCAGGAUCCAGAAGUGAAGCUGCUCUCUGCUGCACUGGAGAAUCCAAACUGCAAACUGGAGACUCUGAGGUUGCCAGCCCUUCACAUCACAGAGGAAGGCUGUGCUUCUCUGGCUUCAGCUCUGAAGUCAAACCCCUCCAUUCUGAGAGAUCUGGAUCUAAGCAACAUUUACCUGAGGGAUUCAGGCAUAAAGCUGCUCUCUGCUGUACUGGAGGAUCCACUCUGCAACCUGGAGACUCUGAGGUUGCCAGACUGUCUCCUCAAAGAGGAAGACUGUGCUUCUCUGGCUUCAGCUCUGAAGUCAAACUCCUCCCUUCUGAGAGAUCUGGAUCUAAGCAACAGUGACUUGAGGGAUUCAGGCAUGAAGCUGCUCUCUGCUGUAAUGGAGAAUCCACUCUGCAAACUGGAGACUCUGAGGCUGUCAGGCUGUCUGAUCACAGAGGAAGGCUGUGCUUCUCUGGCCUCAGCUCUGAGGUCCAACCCCUUCCACCUGAGGGAACUGGACCUGAGCUACAAUCAUCCAGGAGAAAAAGGAUUGAAGCUGCUCUCUGCUGCACUGGAGAAACUCAAUAUUGAUCAUGGUGGAGAGUGCAGGAUCAAACCUGGCCAUAGGAAAUAUGCCUGUGAGCUCACAAUGGACCCAAACACAGUAGAGACACGCCUCUCUCUGUCUGAGGAGAACAGAAAGGUGACAUUCGGGACAGAGCUGCAACAGUAUCCUGAUCACCCAGAGAGAUUUGAGGGCUGGUCACAGGUGCUGUGUAGAGAGGGUCUGUCUGGGCGCUGUUACUGGGAGGCAGAGAGGAGUGGAUGGGGGGUUUCUAUAGCAGUGACAUAUAAAGAAAUCAGCAGGAGAGGAAGGGGUGUUGACUGUAGGCUUGGAUGGAAUAAGAAGUCCUGGAGUCUGGAGUGUCGUUCUAACAGUUACUCUGUCAUGCACAAUGAUAACAGCACUUACAUAUCUGCCCCUCCCUCCAACUCCCACAGAGUAGGAGUGUAUCUGGACUGGCCGGCCGGCACUCUGUCCUUCUACACAGUCUCCUCUGACACACUGACCCACCUGCACACAUUCCACAGCACAUUCACUGAACCCCUCUAUCCUGGGUUCUAUGUUUGGUCUGAUUCCUCAGUGUCCCUGUGUCAGGUAGAAUAGCCCACACACACUCACACACUGUGCUCACAUAGAUGUUAUUGAAGAUUGAACUGUAUACAGUUGUAAUUGAUAUCCCAGAGUGUUUGUAAAUAUUGGUGUGUGUUGAAUGUUUGUUUUGUUUUGAUUGUUGACAAACAACAAUACUGUCUUUGAUCUCAGUUCCACUGAAUGUGAUCAACUAAAUAGUGUUUUACUGACUAAAUAAGGAGAAAUGAAGAUGUUUUAUACAGGAGGAUAGACACAAAAACACACACACAUGCACACACAAUGUAAACACUACAUUUAGGACCAGUAAUAUGACAGUAUUACCCACUUGAAUAUACACUGUGUAUGUCUAGUGUGAUCCCCUCUCUCUAAUCCCAAAUUAAACAAUUGUAAUAUUAUGUAUUAAAGGCAUUUCAUACUUGCCUUGAGCAGUGAUUCUGCUUCUUUCAACAACAUGGCAUCAAGUUUUGAUGGUGGUUGUGUCCGAGUGAGAAAAUAAUUCAUGUGAUUUGAAAGAUGUUGUCAAUGAAUGCAUUAUGUGUGUAAGCAAUGAACAAGUAUCCACAGUUUAGCUCCAUGUAUUGAGUUUUGAAAAUGUGACCGAAGUAUUGAAAAAUAGUUCCUAGCAAUUGUAAAACAAAAUGACUGAAAUCAAUCUGUCCAUCUGUUGAUUGGCUGAUGAGCUUCAACAGAGCGAUAGUCUGGUGUGUUUGAUACGUCCUCCUCUAGGGAGAAAGGGGGCAGCAUCAACAUCCUGAGAUGAUUCUAUACUGG